AUGCUUUCUCCAAAAUCCAUCAAUUUUCACUUGUUUUUAUUAUCUUUCUUUACAUUCUCCAUCUCCAAUUCUACAGCUCUACUCUCAACUAGAGAUACUUUGGAAGUAUGUUACCCUCCUAAUUGUUACAACACUCUUACUCAAUCUUCCUAUUCUAAAAUCUCAUACUAUUCAUCUUUAUCAACUGCCCAAUCCCAUUUACCACCCGAUUCAUUUGCCUCUAUCAAUCUAUACGAAACAGUCGAAUGGCAUGAUAAUUCAUGGACAGUGAUAGUACCCGUAGAUCCAUUCACUGUUACAAUCGAAAUUGGUUAUGAUUCUCCACAAGCAUCCAUUGGGGAUAUCAUUGGUAGUGCUGUACUCGCCGAAUUUUGUUGGGGUAAAAAAUUGCUACAAGCAAGAAAGAGGGGUACUUUUCAAACUCAACGAGUGGACUGA